CUUAUUAAAUAGCCGCACAUGCGGUAUAUUUUCGAUUCACCAAAGGAGACUGUGUGGUCACGUGAUCUCUUUCCAGACAAGGAUCAAGUGAGAAGCUAGAGCUAUGUUACCAAGGUUAGGCUUGGCUCUGGGCCGCUUUACAGUGCCUUCUAGAGCAGCUCUACUGAAUGGAGUGCGUCCAUUGAGUGCCACCACUCCUCCUCUCAAGCCAGAAGGCAAUGUGGGCAUUAGAGCUGGUCUGGUAGAGAAGCUUGGAGUGACUGGCCCCUGGACAUUGGGGGUGGGUCUGGGCCUGUAUGUCAUCGGGAAGGAGUUCUAUGUCAUGAACUCUGAGACAGUCAUCCUGGGUGUCAUGGGCGGAGUUAUCUAUUGGCUCAUGACAAAGGUCGGCAAACCUGUUGGAGAGUUCCUGGAUACACGAUCACAGAACAUUCUCACUCUGUUGGAGGAAGGCAAAAACAAAAAGAUGUCAGUCCUAGAGACGAGUAUUCAGGCUGAGAAGGAGGUCGAAGUACAGCUGGAGGCACGACACGAACUGUUUGAGGUCUUCAAAGAGAACAAUGAUAUGCUGAUAGAGGAGGAGUACCGUCGCAGACUGCAUGAGGUCACCAACGAGGUCAAGAAAAGACUCAAUUAUCACGUUGAGGUGGACGCUACUCAGAAGGCGUUUGAGCAUCGGCACAUGGUCGCCUGGCUGGAGAGACAAGUCACUGAGGCCAUGAAGGGAAAACAGGAUGAAAGCUUGGUACAGUGUAUGACUGACCUCAAGCGAUUCUCCACUGUCUGAACACUAACUAGUACUCUCUUUAGCUCUAUCUAUUGUGUCAGUUAUGUGCUUAGUUUAUGUGAACAUGUGAUUGUUAUACAUGUAGAGAAUUUAUAAUGAGAAAUUAUAUGCAUCUGCAUAGACCAAA